AUGUUAACUUUAGCGGGGGGGGGACCUGACCUGACCAAAAGCUAUCAGUGCUACCGUUUUCUGGACCGAAACAUUGUUGCAUGGGAAACUAGAGAGCAUGACUUCUUCUCGUUGAACGUCGAAACCGCCGCAUGCGAGGACGCUGAUGAUCCUAGAAAUUCCAUCGGAACUGUCAAAGAAGUGAGUAUGGGACGUAGAGGCGGUUACGACCGCGUGCAACCUGGACGUCACACACCUGGUAGCAGCAGAAAGUACAGUGAUUCAAGACGAAGACGUGAUGAUGGCGGCGAAUUGUCUGGAAUCUCAGGAAUGGGAAGCGUGUCUGGAGGUUGUGACACAAUGAUGAUUGACAGCAAGGCACCGAGUAAAGUAUCGAAAGGUGGUGUAGAGGCAGCUGUGUCGAAUAGAUCUAAAGUGAAUGCGCUGAUCACGGUCCUGGCUGUGAUAUUCACCCAGUUUCUGUUCUGCGUCGCAGCGGCAGUCGUCAUCCUUUUGCAUCACAAUCGUAUAGUCGACUGGUUCCCAGCUCUUCUCGAAGUGACAGGAAAGGGUUACGCAAGAAGUUUACCGGACGACUUCUAG